AUGCCCGCCUACUUGGUGGCCUCCUUCGCUUCGCUGAGAGCUGGCAGCAAUGCUUCGGUUUGCCUGAGGAUUGGUAUCUCGCUCAGCCUCUUGGUGGGCAUCUGCUGGAUGGUCUUCGCGCAUGUCAUCCAGGACAGUUUGUUGCUCUUCAUGCUAUCAGGGAUUCUGCUUUUUGCUGGCUUCGGUCUCUCCAAUGGCGCUCGGCGGGCUUAUUACCUCGAGCCCUUGCCGAGUAUCGAGGCUGGCGUUGGCGUGGCGACCUGGAAAGCACUUGGCCCGAGGUUUCAGACUCCCAUCACUUUCUCCUUCGAGGCCAAAUUCCUCGAGCCCUGCGUGUCUGCGGUGAUCACCGCCUUCAGUGGGAAGAUGUUGGUAGAUGAUGGCGUCAUCUGUGCUGUGCGACUUCUUUUGGUGGAUCAUGAGGGCCUGGAGCUUUUUCCGCUGAGGGCGGUGCUAGCCGUUUCCGCCGUUUCCCAGUGCCGCCUCAUCCUGGUGGCGGCUCCAUGGGUGCGCGCGAGCCUUGUGUCGACACUACUCCUGCUGCUCCUGGCCGGGGCCGUGCUAGCUAGAGCGAGGCUUUGGCCGAAGGCGGAAGUGGUGGAGCGACGCUUGCAAGAGGUGCAGAAUGAUUGUGGUACCUUCGACUGGGACCAGGAGGAAUGGUCCAUCCGGGUGGUCCGCUGCCGCCCGGCGCGGAAGCCCGCCACCUAUGGCCCCAUCUUCAGCUUGGAGAACGUGUGCAUGAAGCCUUGUGGCAAGCUUCCCAUGUCCCAGUUGGUGGGGACCAAUUCGCAGGUGACCAGCAUCUCCUUCUUGUCGUUGACCGCCUCGGCGGAAGUGGUCACCCUGGUGGAGAAGGGUGGCCCGGUCUACCAGCUGAACGUGGUCUCUGAGGGCAAUGACGAGGCCCGAUGGAUGGUGACACUCCCGCCCGCCCGGGUGCUCGGUCGAGACGAUGACCGGAUCGGCCGGCAGCGGCCGGUGGCGGCAUGGAGCGCGUCUUCCAAGAGGACCUGA